AUGGAUAUCACGACGUGGGUGGCAAAAGGGCGGCGCGCUUUCAGGUCCAAAAAGGAUAAAAGGAUAGACACUGGUAGUGUCGGGGAUGAACAAACAUCAUCAACACCUGAAGACAUCAACAAUCUAACCCCCCCUAAGCCCACAGCAGCUGAUCAGCCGCCUGAUGAGAUUUUCGUUCCAAAUGAAUCCGAUGUACUUCCCGAGUCGAGCGUCGUGGCCCCAGAGAGUGAAACACCCACCGACCUGCCAACCAAAGACUCAAAGAAGCCAGAAGAAGCCAUUUCGCAAAGUAACGAAAUCAACAAAGUGUCUUCUUCAAUAACCUCCGCGUCGAACAGGCUUGAUUCAGCCGAAUCUUACCACCAGGCGCCCCGAGACUUGUGGGAAGUAGCUUACGAUAAUCUGAGGCUUCAACAUGCCGACUUAUUGGAGGAAUACGAAAGAAUAUUGACGUUAUGGCUACGUGCAUACUCACUACAGCAAAAUCGGAAAUUUGACUGUAUUGAAGAACCAGGGAAUCUAUUUCAAUGUUCAAAUCAUCAAGAAAGGCGACAAUACGCGCAGAAUAUUAUUGCCUUCUGUCUCGAUGCUCAGCAAGAAAGAGAUGCUGGUGCUGAUUCUGGUGAUGAGGGUAGUCAAAACUCCAAUUCUGAAACGAUUUCACUCAGAUUCUCCAAAGAAACUCGAGACGUGUUGAAAUCAUCAAUCGACAAUGUUGAAGAUGCAGCCCUUGCAUGGGCAGGAACAUGCCUUGCUCUACAGGGCCUUUUGGAUUCUACCGACCGACCGGAAAAAUUACUAGGCAUCAACUAUAUCGCAUCUAGAAUGGCGUGGUAUACCCUGCUCCCUAAGCUUCUCGAUGACGAUGAAAGCGAACAAACAAGUCUCCGAGAUCGUAUCACAGAACUUUACCAACAAAUUUUCCUUUUCCAAAUUCGCAUAGUCUGUUCUCAAACAGAUACCAUUCAAGAGAGCGAUUUUUUCCAAAUCGAUCAAGAUCUAUUUUCCAGAGAUGGAGACUUGAAUGAGGCCGAUGUGGUAAAGGCAGAGCAAGCACUUAUGUGUUUUAAAGGGAAUCACAUUGAAGCUCAGAUCCGCAGCCUUGUCACGUUUCCCAACGAUGAGAAAAAUGAUGUGAUUGGAGAUGAGACACCAGAGCCUGAGGAGAGCGAUAUGAAGAUUACAAUAAAAAAUUUAAACGCAGUCGAUCCGCGAAAGAAUAAUUUAGAAGCGAAUAUCCCAUCACUUGAAAGUCUCUAUGAAUGGGUCAAUUCAACUCCUGAAUUCAAGGAUUUCACUAUGGGAGAAUCACGCUUGCUUUGGGUUUGCGGUGACCCAGAUGCUGGCAGAACGAUGGUGUUUUGGUCGAUUAUCCGUGGGCUCUCUCAGACGAGUCUCGGCUUAGAACCGAAGUUUCUGUCAUUUUCAAUGUGCGGUACUGGUGAAAAUGAAGUGGAAAGCACUGUGUCUGUGCUUAAGACCCUUAUCUACCUCGUCUUGAAUCACCAACCUCAGCUGAGCAAAUAUCUGAUAGAAAAGUGCAACUCAACAGACAGAAAGGAUUUUUCUGAUUCCAAUGACAAAUACGCAUUAACGUUGCUUCUAUACGAAAUUAUCAGAGAUGAAACAUUUAAACCAACUAUAUUCCUAAUCGGAGGAAUUGAUGAAAUCAUUUUCGAAGACGAAGAGCCAAGCUCCUUUGCAUCAUUUAUCAAAACAACUAUGAAUUUAUCACAAAAUGUUAAAUGGCUCAUAUCCAGCUCAACUGAGUCAUUUGAGAGUUUUUCUAAAUCAGAAGAUCUGCAUAUAGCUAAAGAUCAAUGCAUAAAUAUCGAUGGCGCAUAUGAUGCAAUCCAGAGAACUUUAAAUGAUCAUUAUAUCCCUUCAAAGGUUGAUCAGCUAGCAAAACACUGGAGUAUCGAAGAAGAGUUUCGAAAUGAAAUUACUGAACUCCUAAAGAAGAUAUCUUCAGGAACCUUUCUACGGGUUGACUUAGCGUGCCAGGCGAUACAACGAGAAAAUCCUUGGCAUGCCCCAAGUAUUCUCCAAUUGUGGUUAUCGCAGCCUCCAGCAGCAUAUUCUGAUCCAUUAUACAACUUUUACGCUCCUAUGCGCGAAAAUAUUAAGAAUCUACCUUUCAAUGAUUCCAAUAUUUGCGUCGAUGUGCUAAGUACAAUGGCAACAGCAGCUAGACCUCUGAAUCUUGUGGAGUUGGAAGUACUUUUGGAUUUUCCGGCAUACUUCAAUGUCAAAGUCCUCGUGGAAAAAUGUUUCACAUUCCUAGAACUACGUGACGACACAGUCCAUUUCCCGCGCAAAACCGCCAGAGAUUUCGUUCUCAAGGAGUCAGAGAGUAAAAGGGCAGGCUUGCAUUCGCGAAUGGUUGAACGCUGUCUCACAUCUCUAUCAGAAUAUUGGAGUUUACCUUCGACAAAUUCAUCCCAAAGCCGAAGCAAAAACUCAGAACUCCCUACCGGCUAUUUGGCACUAUAUUGGGCUCGACAUCUUUGUAAUAUUGACGAUGCUAAUAAUGUUAUACAUAUAGUUACUGAGUUUUUCACUCAGAACCUCUUGAAAUGGUUGGAUCUCUUAGUAUCUUCAGGGUUGUUAUCUCAGGCAAGAGCUCUAGUAUCAGCUUUACAAAGCCAUGUCAAGAAGCGGGAAAUAGGAGCACGCGCUGAUGAUAGCCGCUACCGGACGUUCGUGAGCAUUAUCAAUGAAACGAACCAGUUAUUACGUUUCCACAACAUGAUUCAGGGUGCCGUUGGUCUUACAGCCAGAGUGACUCUCCUGUUCUGUCCUCACAAUACGACGAUGCAAAAAAUAUUCCUGCCCAAGGAAUGGCCGCAACUUGAAGGCCCCCCAAUGUUCAAAAAUUAUUGGGACCCCGCUACUCAUAUUUUAACAGGUCAUUCAGACUAUAUUCGUUGCUGUUCCUAUUCUCAUGAUGGAAAAUUCUUAGCUUCUGGCUCAGAUGAUGGUUCUAUACGUCUCUGGGAUACAGCGUCAGGAAAUGUACAACAUAUAUUUCGAGCUUUUGAUAGUGAUUAUGUGUAUAACAUUGCUCUAUCCUCCUCUGGAUUUAUUGCUGCGGCGAGCCAGACAACCAUUGGAAUAUGGAAUUUAUCUACUGGACAACUGCCGAAACUACCAGUUGAUGAGUAUGUGUGCAACAAAUUCGUCUCUGUCGGGGAUAUUACGUUUUCGAAUGACGGAAACAUGCUGGCAGCGGCGGUUCAGAGAGAUAUUAUUUUUUGGCAUAUUCUUGACUCCAAACUCAUCCCACAAAAGGUAGAUGCUUCCUACAAAGAUGAUAUUCGCUUCAUCAAAUUCUCUGAGCAUGAUACUCUUUUUGGAUCAGUGUCAAAUCAAACGGUUACUAUCUGGAGUCUGAAGGAUGAGGUGACUGACGGCGUCAUGGAUGGAGCAGUUCAAAACGCAGAGUUUGCUAUACAGAAUAACCGAAGGUUGAAGAAGGAAACAGACUUGACUAUAUCUACCUCACACAAUGAUUGGGCAUGUGGGAUUGCCUUUUCACCAAAUCUAAAGUAUGUUGCCACCGGGACGGAUGAAGAAAACAAAGUAUACAUAUGGGACUGGGAGUCGGGAAACCCUCCCAUGAUUCUCACUGGACACACGGGCAGUAUCAACACAGUCGAAUUCUCAUCUGAUGGUUUAUUUCUAGCAUCUGGAUCACAGGAUGGGACAAUUAGAAUGUGGCGAGAGCCAUGGACUGCCACACAACCCCCCUUAAUACUAAGCGGACACUCAAGGAGUGUGUACGAUUUAUCAUUCUCGCCUUCUGAGACAUGCCUUGCUACCUGCUCCAGCGAUGAAACCAUUCGAAUCUGGGAUUACGGCAGCUAUAAAACACAAGUACAGUCGGAAAUUGACUUAAGGCAGAGUCAAAAUACUCCACACGCGCGGCGUAUCUCACGUAUUGCACUGUCUGAGGAUGGGAAGUGGGUGGCAUCAGCCUCCGCAGAUGGUUUAAUUUGUUUAUGGGAUGGAAUUUCUGGUGUGCUCCAACGAAGCUUAUGGGAGCAUAGACAAGAUAUUGAAUCGCUUGUAUUCAGUCAUGAUUCUCGCAAAUUGAUAUCAGGAUCCGAUGACAGAACUGUUCGUAUUUGGAACUUAGAAGAUGACUUCCAGUCACGCCCACUCCUCGGUCACCGAGAUUGGGUACGCUGCGCUGUAUUAUCGCGCGAUGGAACAUUUGUAGCUUCGGGAUCUGAUGAUAGGACCGUACGCGUUUGGGACCUUAGGUAUGAGUUUGGACAUGAUCUUUCGAAUCAGGAAGAGGAGGAAGAAGAGGAAGGAGAAAGAGGGGAGUCGAAUGGUGUCCAGGGGCUAAGAAUACUGAGUGGUCAUAGAGACUACGUCAUGUGCGUUUUAUUUUCACAAGAUGGAAAAUACGUCGUGUCUGGUGCUGAUGAUGGUGAGAUCCUACUUUGGAGCCUUCACACCGAUCAAGCCAACUCUUCGACUCAAUUGACAAGAAUUAAAAAUAGAGGGGACGGACGCAUAAAUGCUAUGACCUUCUCAGCCGACUUCAAAAGGCUCAUCGCAUCUUAUGCUGGAAGUAUAUCCAUAUGGGAUAUUACUGGGGAGGAUGGGAAUAUAAGAUCUGAGGGUAUGAUUAAAUCAGAAACAAGGUCAGGUAUCUACUCACUGAGCGUCAAUAUCAAGUACCCUCAGUAUGUCAUAUCAGAGGGGGGCCCUAUACUUAUCGAAGACCUGAGAGAAGGUGCAAAAGUGGAGAUAGUAUCUAAGCCAUGGUGCCCCUAUAGUGUUAUGUCCGACACAGAGACAUGGAUCACCUGGAACGGUAAGAAGGUUGUCCUCUUGCCAGGUCAGUAUCAUCCAGAGUCUGGUAGGAAUACUAUGAGAGUUGGAGAACAAACAAUUAUCAUCGGCUGUAUCACGGGAGAGGUUUUAAUUUUCCGGUUUAAAAAGGAUGCAAUUUGGCUGGAGACAUUACACCAGUAG